AUGGAGAGUGAAAGAAGAAGGGCGCUGUUGGUAUUAGCAGUAGAGAUUGUUGUGCUGUUUGGGAGAGUUUCUGCACGGGAUUGUGGAUGUUCGAGCGACUUGUGCUGUAGCCGAUAUGGCUUAUGCGGUACUGGAAAUGAUUUCUGCGGAACUGGAUGCCAACAGGGCCCAUGUAACAAUAACCCCACACCCUCCACUCGCCCCACCCCCAACCCCAGCGGUGUCUCCUCCAUCAUAGACAAAGAUUUCUUUGACGCCAUUCUCAGCGCUGCAGACACCUCCUGCGCUGGAAAGAACUUCUACACGUACGCUCACUUCAUCAACGCCGCCAACGCAUACCCCGGCUUCGGCACCUCCGGAUCUUCUGACGACGCCAAGAGAGAGCUCGCUGCCUUCUUCGCCCACGUAACGCACGAGACUGGAUCUUUCUGCUACGUUGAAGAGAUCGGUGGCGCACAAAAAGAUUACUGCGAUGAAAACAACCCUCUGUAUUCGUGCGUUCCUGGAAAAGGCUACUUCGGCCGGGGAGCCAUCCAGCUAACGUGGAACUCCAACUACGGUCGUGCAGGAGAAGACAUUGGGUUCGACGGGCUGAAUGAGCCGGAGAAGGUAGCACAAGAUCCCGCCAUUACCUUGAGAACAGCAGUGUGGUUUUGGAUGAAAAAUAGCAACGGACAUACUGCCAUCAUUUCUGGACAGGGAUUCGGAGCCACAAUCCAAUCUGUGAAUGGCCCAAAAGAAUGUGACGGUGGUAACCCUAAUACCGUCGACAAGCGUAUCACUUACUACAAGCACUACUGCCAGAAGUUGGGAGUAGAUCCGGGCUCCAACCUCUCAUGCUAACUUUGCCUCAUAUCUGUCCUGUUAUAAAAGUAGUAGAAGACAGCAGAGUCGCAUUUUGUUGUCCUACCACAUUUUUUUUUCAAUAAGAAAACUUUGAAUGUAAAAUAAGACCAGAGAAUGCCAUACCGCUGCGUUCUGUAUUCUCGGUCACUCUCUCUCUCUCUAUAAAAUAUUUUUUCUUUAGUAA